GCAGCGGGGCGGGUAACGUGGCGUUUGAGGACAUGGUGUCUGCGGGCAUGGAGGGGCUGAUGCAUGCGUUGCGCAAGUUCCGACCGGAAGCGGGGUUCCGGUUGUCUACGUACGCGACGUGGUGGAUACGGCAGUACAUUGCGCGGUUCGUGAAGUCGCAGAUGGCGGUGUUCAACCUGCCCGUCUCCGUGCGUGAAGCCAUCGAGCGCCUCAACCGCAUCCGCGCCGGCCUGCGCGCGCGGCAGGGCGGCGUGGAGCCCUCCCCCGAGCAGCUGGCGGAGGCUGCGGGGCUGAGUGUUGGGCGGGUGGGGGAGCUGCAGGCGGCGGAGCGGCACUGCCGGGGCGCACGCAGCCUGGAGGCGCCGCUGGACGAGGAGGGGGGCAGCCGGGUGGAUCUGCUGAUGCAGGACGCGGAGGAGGGUGGCUACCUGGAGGGCGCCUCGCAGCUGCUGGUGGACAGCGAGGAGCACUUUGCGCUGGCGUCCGACCUGGCGGCGGCGGUGGAGGGCGUGCUGGGCUCGCUGGAGCCGCGCGACGCGGACAUACUGAGGGAGCGGUACGGGCUGAAGGG